ACGGAUGGUGAAGAGGUCAGAGGAACGGGAAUGAUCACACGACUGCUGGUCUAUUCCCUGUUUCUGAUAGCGUCCGGGGGUAUACAGUUAGACCAGCAAAUUGCCGUCAGCGUUCCCGGUGACAUCAUCCUUGGCGGUUUGUUUCCCGUCCACACAAAAGGGGAUAGGUCACCAUGCGGUUCGCAGAUCUACCACCGAGGCGUCCAACGUCUGGAAGCCAUGAUGUUCGCCGUCGACAGCAUCAACAAGAACUCCAAAAUCCUGCCAAACGUCACUCUCGGCGUCCACAUCCUGGACACCUGUUCGCGUGAUACAUACGCCCUCAAUCAGAGUUUGCAGUUCGUCAGGGCAUCGCUGAACAAUAUCGAUACGUCGGCCUUCGAGUGUGCCGAUCAUUCGGACCCACGACCUCGCAACAACUACUCUGGUCCUGUAUUUGGCGUGGUGGGAGGUUCCUAUAGUUCGGUAUCCCUUCAAGUAGCGAAUUUACUGGGACUGUUCCAUAUUCCCCAGAUAUCCCCCGCGUCUACCGCCAAAGCUCUCAGCGACAAAACUAGAUUCAAAUAUUUUGCACGGACUGUACCUCCAGAUACCUUUCAAUCAAGCGCUCUGGUGGAUAUCGUUAAAAGCGUCAAUUGGUCUUAUGUGUCGACUAUUUAUUCGGAGGGUUCCUAUGGUGAAUACGGAAUUGAGGUGUUUCACAGGGAGGCCCAGGAGAGGAAUGUCUGCAUCGCUACCGCAGAGAAAGUUCCCAGUGCCGCGAACGAUAAGGAGUUCGAAAAUAUCAUCGGAAAACUCAAAAAGAAAAUCAAUGCCAAAGGCGUGGUGCUGUUCACAAGAGCAGAAGAUGCAAGGUGA